AUGCCGAAAGGGUCAUGCGUCUCGCACGCGAGGUCCCAGUGUUACCUGGAGGCGGUGCAUAGGCCGAACAAUCAAGCUCUACUGCACGCCUCUGAGGAGAGAAGGCUUCCCAGCGCAGCAUCCGAAAGCAUCUCGGCGCACAAAACAAGCAAACAAAAGAGGAAGGAGGCCGAAGAAAGGUUGUCAGGAUUACCCGAAGCUUCAGCACAGAGAGAAACACAAACCGAAGCCGACAAGGAGCAGCGACUAUCCGUUGAACAACUCAAACAAGAGUGGAGGCUCGAUGAAGUGCAAGAUGAAAUGCACUGA